AAAAACAAGGUGGGGCUUUUUACGCACGACGUGGAGAGUUGCUUUUUACGCACGACGUUCAGAGUUGCCCGGGCAUCAACAGAAGUGACUGGAGCUCGAAAACGGCAGGUGGUCAGCGCGCUACAGCUGCUCAGUGGAACUAUGACAACCACGGAGUCCUACAGGUGACAUGGACGGCGCGGAAUCGACUCUUUUCUCGUAGUUUCACUCACGUUUUUUUUUUUAUAUUUCCCCGAAGACGCAGCAGAAAAGAGAUAAAGAUUGUGGAAAAGGCGCGUCUCGGCGUGCGUAAAAGACGUUUAUCCCGUUGAAACUCGUGCGUAAUUGGAUACAAAAUGGCACUUUCGAGGUUCCACAACAUAUUUCGACUCCCUACAACCAUGAAGAAGAAGGUGAAGCAGUACGAGCACGUGCACAGAGACAUAAACCCCAACGACCAGUGGGAAAUCGUGGGGGAACUGGGGGACGGCGCGUUUGGUAAAGUCUACAAGGCUCAAAACAAAGAGACCGGCGUGCUCGCUGCUGCUAAAGUGAUCGAGACAAAGUCGGAGGAGGAGCUGGAGGAUUACAUGGUGGAGAUCGACAUUUUAGCCAAAUGUGACCAUCGCUACAUCGUCAAACUGCUGGACGCUUUUUACCACGACAACAAACUCUGGAUCAUGAUCGAGUUCUGCCCUGGAGGAGCUGUAGACGCCAACAUGUUGGAGCUGGACCGAGGCCUGACGGAGCCUCAGAUUAAGGUGGUGUGUCGUCAGAUGCUGGAGGCGCUGCUCUACCUCCACAGUAUGAAGAUCAUCCACAGAGACCUGAAGGCCGGGAACGUCCUGCUCAUGCUCGACGGGGACAUCAAACUGGCGGAUUUUGGAGUUUCGGCCAAAAACACCAAAACUUUGCAGAGAAGAGACUCUUUCAUUGGGACGCCAUAUUGGAUGGCUCCAGAGGUGGUGAUGUGCGAGACGAUGAAGGACGCCCCGUACGACUACAAGGCCGAUAUCUGGUCUCUGGGCAUCACUCUGAUUGAACUGGCCCAGAUCGAACCCCCGCACCACGAACUCAACCCGAUGAGAGUCCUGCUGAAGAUCGCCAAGUCUGAGCCGCCCACGCUGGACAGCCCACACAAAUGGUCGCCAGAAUUCAACGAUUUCUUGAGAAAAUGUUUGGACAAAAACCCAGAGACCCGUCCCUCCGCGGCUCAACUUCUGGAGCAUCGGUUCGUGAGCUCGGUGAAUUCGAACCGUCCUCUUCGGGAGCUGGUGGCGGAGGCUAAAGCUGAAGUGAUGGAGGAGAUCGAACACAACAGUGAAGACGGAGAAGAGGACGAAACCAUGGAGCUCACUGUGCCUGCGGGUAAAGAUCCGUGUCAGACGAGUCAGACGAGCCUGGAGGGGGAGCACUCCACCGCCUCACCCAGUCCCACCACGCCUUCCCCCACCACGCCCCUCCCGACCCCCGUCUCCACCCCCGCGCCGACCCCGGCCCCGAGGAAGAGCACGGACCAGUCCGGCGCCCCGUCAGACGACACGGCGGCCCCGGGACCCCAACACAAAGAGCCGGCGGAGGAGAGGAGCGGCCGCGAGGGUUUGUCCAACGGGGAGGUGCACGGCGGGGCUCUACCUGCGGACGUCCUACUGGAGUCUGAGAAGUUCGAAAGUGAAGGGUCCACCAAGACGUCGAGCUCAGAUUCGGGGAUUGAAGACGGGAAGAGUACGCCCACGUCAGAGGACAAGGUUGUCGUGGAGACUCCAGAGACCGAGCAGCCUCCCGCUCUUCCCCGCGGCGAAGUGUCCGAGGAACAGGUCAACCUCAUCAUCGACUCCUCUGACCCGGACCGGCCCAAACCCCAGGAGCAGCGAGACGUCCCCGUGUCCAAAUGGUACAUCGCGUCUCCUUCGGCCGGACCCACGCCGCCCCCGUCCCCGGCUCAAACGCCCGUACCCAGGACCGGCUCGACAAAGGCCACCCCGGAGAGGACGUCCAUCAGGAGCAACUCGGAGCCGGCGUCGCCUUACGUCAACGGAGGCUUCAACAACUCCCGGGUGUCGUAUCCUGGAAGCGUGGCGUCCGACAGCAUGGACAUGUCGAUCAACAACAACGUGAUCAUAUCCAGGGACUUCUCGAGUAAAACCUUGAAGAGAACCAGGAAGUUUGUGAUUGACGGGGUUGAGGUCAGCGUGACCACAUCCAAAAUCAUCCGCGAUGACGAGAAGAAGGACGAGGAGAUGAGGUUUCUGAGGCGUCAGGAGCUGCGUGAGCUGCGUCUGCUGCAGAAGGAGGAACAUCGCGCUCAGGCCGGACUCAACGCCAAACUAGAGUCUCAGAGGGAGCAGAUGCAGAGGAAGUUUGACCAGGAGAUGAACGCCAAGAAGAAGCACUACGACGUGGAGCUGGAGAACCUCGAGAAACACCAGAAGCAGACGAUCGAGAAGAUGGAGGCGGAUCAUCAGGUGAAGCUCAAAGACGAGACCAGACGCAUCAAGGCCGACCAGGAGAAGGCGCUGCACAAGUUCCAGGACCAGAUGAAGCUCAGGAAGAAAGAGGUCAAACAGAGCGUUGACAAACUGCCCAGACGUUCACGCAAAGAAUCUAUGAAGCAGUUCAUGGCGAGUUUUCAGGACAUGAAGAUUAAAGAGGAGGAUCAGUUUCUGGCCGAUCAGAGGGAAUAUUUGGACACGACGCUAAAGAAGAUCAUUUACAACAAUAAAAAGGAAAUAGCGGAGAAGGAGCGGGAGUGUCUGAACAAGAAGCAAGAGCUAAUACGAGAGCGUGAGGCGACGACAUGGGAGAUGGAGGAGAAGAACCUCCAUGAGAGACACCAGCUCCUGAAGCAGCAGCUCAAAGACCAGUACUUCCUCCAGAGACACCAGCUCCUCAAGAAGCACGAGAAGGAGCAAGAACAGAUGCAGUGCUACAACCAGAGAAUGGUCGAGAUCCUCAAAGCUCGACAACAACAGGAGAAAAGUCGACUUCCCAAAAUCCAGAGGAGCGAAGCCAAGACUCGAAUGACCAUGUUCAAAAAGAGCCUCCGGAUCCAGUCCAACAGCACCCCCGCCGAGGACCGCGAGAAGAUUAAACAGUUUUCUCAGCAGGAGGAGAAGAGACAAAAGGCGGAGCGUCUCCAUCAACAACAGAAACACGAGACUCAGAUGAGAGAGAUGAUCGGACAGUGUGACAGCAACAUCCGAGAACUACAACAACUACAGAAUGAGAAAUGCCAUCUGUUGGUUGAAAAUGAGACUCAGAGGCUGAAACAUUUGGAUGAACAACACAACCAGCUGCUGAAGGACUGGAGGGACCUGCUCAAGCCCAGGAAGAAGGCUCUGGAGGACGAACUGACCCUGAAGAAACACGAGCAGGACAUGUUUUUCCGGAUGAGCGCCACCACAGACUUUCCCAACCCGAGCUCUCCGACGAAACUCUCCAAGUUUGUGCCUUAUCAAGACACUUCCUCCAUGUAAAACGCACCGUCAAAACAAACGCCAAAAUCACUGCUGCACAAAACGGCCACUGGUAGAAACAAUGAAGCAAUGCAAACUGAAAAUCUACUGCUAAUCCUAACUAUUGAUUUACUUUUCGCCACUUCAGUUAACUUUUCUUUUUACUAAUAUCAGUAUUUUUUAAAGUCUUUUGCCUGUUUUCUGCGAUCAACACAGUGAACAACAGUGCGUUCGGAUACAAAUCGGUUGGAAGUUUUGCACAGUUUUAUUAAAAGAUGGUAGCGUGCACUUUUAUUAUAAGUAAAUAAACCUGAAGUCUUCCGAUUAAAUACGAUAAAACGUCGAAAAUUUAAAUACUGGCAUUGGUCUUAACGAUGUCGCCUUACGUUAAACCUUAAAUAGACCUAUUUGUUUAUAUCGCAUGAGCUGCCAAACCUGUUUUAUUUAUUUUAACUCCGCAUCACUGUAAAAAUUAAUUUAAUCUUUUAACAAAUUUCUUUUAAAUAUGUUCUACGUUUUAUUUUGAAAGGGGGAUGAGUCCUGAAUCCAAAGUUAUUCUGUUGUUGGUGAUUUUUUGAUGAUUUACAUUUUAAGGGAAGACGUCGUAAGCUAUUUCUUUUUUUCUUUUUUUUAAAUUUUAUAUUUUGUGUUUUACUGUAGAUCAGUCACACUGGAUGAGAACUGACCAAGCCAAAGUGAAUAUACUGUCGUGUUGUUUUGAAUGGGGGUUUCAAAUCUGAUUUAAAGGUGCAUUACAGGACUUUUCUGGUGGAGGUCAAGCCAAAUACUCGUCUCUAUGAAAGUGUUAUUACUUAACCUGCGAUAUUCCGUAGUAUAGUAUCGCAUAAACGUCCAUCCCAUCCAUUUUAUUCCGUUUAUUUGGUGCCGGGUCGCGGGCGCAGCAGUUUAAGUGGCCUUCCCCCACCCCAGACACCUCCUCCAGCUCCUCCGGUGGUUCCCCAAGGCGAUCCCAGGUCCCUCCAGCGUGUCCUGGGUCUUUCUCCCGGUGGGACACGCCCAUCUAUUUAUCUCGUAUAUAUUUAAUUUCGCAAAAAUACCUUGGAAAAACAUAAAUUCUUAAGGUGAGCAGAGUCGCUUCUUCAUAGAUCUGACCUGUAAUCUGCCCUGGUGGGGACACUUGCUUGUUUUCUUGGAGUCUUCUUGGUUAUGUUUCUUUUUUUUCAUGGUUUUCACAAUAAAAAAUACAUACAUACAUACAUAUAAUAAUGAUAAUAAUAACAACAAUAACAACAACAACCACAAUAAAAACAACAAUAACAACAACAACCACAAUAACAACAACCACAAUAACAACAGUAACAACAACCACAAUAACAACCACAACACCCACAAUAACAACAAUAACAACAACCACAAUAAAAACAGUAACAACAACCACAAUAACAACCACAA